GAGUCGCGCAUUCGCCGACGAGCGCUCGAUGAGAGUGGUAAGCGGUCGCUUAUUUUACUCUCUCUCUUUCUCUCUCUCUCUCUCUCUCUGUCUGUCUUUCGCGCGCGACUCGUUCGUCCGCGUGCAAGUUGAAUACAAUUGCUCGGUGCGCGGUACGAAAUUCACCGUGAAAACGUCAACGUCUCGUGUGAUUUCUCUGAAAAUACCUUACCUGUGUGUGUGUGUGUGUAUGGGAAUUCUACUUAUCUUCCAUUUGUGUGCUCCAGUCAUCGUCGUCGAGCUGUAGAGUGCGAACUUCGAUCGAUAAUUUGUGAACGUGUCGAGUGUGUCGGGACAUCGAGAUGUGAUCCUGAAAUUGUAAUCGUGAAAUAUAGUGCCUGAGAGAGAGAGAGAGAGAGAGUGGUUUAGGAGAGUACUCUCGGAUUUCAGUGCUUCAAAUUUUCAAACAUUUACCUCGAUUUCACGUGCUAUGGCAACUGAAUUACGAUCGACGAGUUAUAAUAGAUUCUUGUUUAUCAAACUACAAUUGUCAGAUUUCAAUCAUAAUUGUGCAAGUGUCGAUAAUCGUUGAUACACCAGUGAUGAUUUGAACUGAUGAUUGACCAAUCGAAUAAUUAAUUCCGCAGCAAGUGCUGUCGCAAUUGUCGCGAGUGCGAUUGAAUAAGCGUCCUGGCGAGGACCUGAAUGUGAGUGCGGCGGGAUAAAGUGAAAAGUGAUGUAAUUGGCGCAUCCGCCGCGGAGGCCAUGUGUGAUGCCAAUCCGAAUGACACUUAAUCCACGCAGCUGAUGACAAACGUAAACAGGAUCAAGGUGGUCGUCCUCGGCGGCCCCAGAGUCGGCAAGUCAGCCGUGGUUGUGCGGUACUUGACGAGGCGAUACAUCGGCGAGUACAGCUCGACCAGUGAUUUCCUCUACCGACAUAGUGUUACUAUCGACAAUGUUACGACGGAAGUCGAAAUACUUGAUACUUCCAGGUGCGAGGAGAACGGCUGUUUGUACUCGCAUAUACGAUGGGGCGAGGCCUUCGUCGUCGUCUACAGCGUGACGUGUAAGCGCAGCUUUCAGGAAGCUCGCGGACUCCUCAAGCAACUCGCCGAUCUACGCCUGCCAUCCUACUUCACUGCCCUCCUCCUCGGCAACAAGAGAGAUCUGGACCAUGCACGAGAAGUGUGCGUGGACGAAGGUCAACAGUUGUCCUUGGCGCAUGGAUGUCAGUUUUACGAAGUAAGCGCCGCGGAGAGUCCCGCGGGGGCGGCAUUGGCCUUUCAAGCGCUCCUGCGGGAGGCGAGAUCGGUUCAGCUCCUGCGAGCGUUGCCGAUUCGCCGGAAACUGGGUGUACACUCGGUCUCGAGGGUCCUCGGGACGAUCUUCGGUAAGAACACUACCAAGGACCGUAAGAAGAGGCCAUCGUUGAGCAUAUGACGCCUUCUAUGCGCCCUCCUCCUCGGAGGACGAGACGAGCCGGGCAGAAGGACCGACAUCGUCGUCCUCAGCAGCAACGUCUACUCCAAUCGCUGACGAGGUCCUCGGCGACGAAGAAUCUCCCUUCGUGCUCUCCUGAAUUCUGAGGGAGAGCCACCGAAAUCAGAAAAUCGAUUUUAAAGCCAUUUUUUUUUGACAAGAGAGUGAUUUUUUACGAAGCGUUGAUGAAAAAAAAAAAAAAAUACAAUCACCAGUAGCAAUCAAGCUGCCGAGGUCCUCAAGCAUUCGGAGUCUAAAGCUCCGAGGAUGUAAGACUGAUUUUCUGACGCGGGAUGGACGCGUGGGUCCAAUAUACCUUGGAGAUGCCUUGGAAGUCUGAAGCGUGUGAAUUUGAUAAAAAAAUAUCUAAGGCUCUUCGACAUGUGACAGCCGGAAGAUCUGGGCUCCGAGAAGAUUCCAUUUACCGGAGGGCGACAUUCUUGAAGAAAACUGUAUUUCGAAUGUCGAAAGAGAACGUUCGCGUGAUGCUCACGAGUGUGAUUCUGCUUUUCGCGGUGUUUACGGAUUCUCGCGAGAGAGAAGCGAAUCAACGCGGGACUCGGAAAUUAUUCGUGCUUGAUGUGUGCAUAAAGGUACUUUUUUUUUUUUUUUUAAAUAAUGCUAUACCGUUUUGCAGUGAUUACAAGUGACUGGCAAGUUGUUCCUGAACGGCGUAAUUCUUAAGAUGAUUUACUGAAAAUGAUUUUUCGGUUACAAAUUGUCUCAAAAUCAUUGCCGCGAGUGCAAAUUUUAUAAUUGGGGAUAAUACUUGCACAUCACUCGGUAUCUAAGUUAUUACGUUAUUAACUCUAAACAGUAUAAAACAGUAUUUAUUUCCUUCUAUUAUAUUUAUAAAUCUCCUAAAAUUAAAAAAAAAAAUGUCUGACACAUUGUUUUGAUUGGCAAUUUUGCGCUUCCAUAUUUUUGCAAUCUAAAAAAUUGGUUAUCUUGCCAUUAAUCAUAAUAUUAAAAUUUAUUUGUUGUUUCUUUCUUUCUCUCAUUCGCGCCUACGCGAGUAAAAUAUUUUAUACUGUUUAGGGCUUACAUUUUUUUUUUUUUUUAUGCCCCGAAAAGAAACCCACGAGUCUUUCAAAUUUCGAUAUUUCCACUAAGUGGAAGAGAUCACGGAUUCGAUUCGAUUAUCUGCCUACCGCCUUAAUUAUUUCUCAAAGAUGUUCGCAAGCGGCUCGUUGAGAGCGAUUUUAAUAUCUUCAUCGUCAGGCGUGAUUGAUUCGAUGACUUUUAAUGUUCCUAAAGAAAGUAGCCUAAGUGUAAAUAGCGCGCAUGUUCGCUUAUCAUACUCUGCGAAAAGUCUCGCAGACUUGAGUAAUCGUUAAGAUUUACAUAUGAGAAGAGAGAAAUAAUGAGUACGGAUGCUAGAAUGUUGAGCCCAUUAAAGUCAUUUGUCAUUGUAUUUAUUAGCAGUCAAGAAUACAAAAAGAUUACGACGAAAGAAUACAUAGUAUGCAAAAUAUAUAUUAUAUAUAUAUAUAUAAAAUUGUAACGUUAUAUAUAUAUAUAGUGUGACAGUUUUAAUGGCCAGCAGCGGAUUUGAAUCACACAAAAUAAAAUUUUUUUUUAUUUUUUGUUUUCUGUAUAUUUUAUUUUUUGGUAUAAAAAAAGAAAAAUAAUGACUUUUAAUGGGUUAAAAAAUAUUGAUGAUCGUUUGAAUGACUGCCAUGUUUGCCACUGACAGACCGAUCAUCGCGGGUCUUGUCAACUCUAUAUCGUAGAAAAUGUUGGUCGUUCGCCUUUUUGCUAAGCUCUACAAUCAGAUGUUUUAUAAAUCUCCUUUUUUUUUCUACGACAAGCAUAGAGACUUACGAUCGACUUUUGAGAUUCACAUAAUUCAUAAAUACUUUCAGUGCCUUUCGACCCAUUAAACGGUGUUUUUUUGCCAACAGCUGACACGCUUAACAACGUGAGAGUUUCAACGAAGAGAAAAUUCUAUUUUACAUUUAAAAAAUGGAUAGUUAAUGAGCAGUAAAUGAGCGUACUAUCCCUUUUUAGCGUGUCAGCUUUCGGCAAAAAAAAAAAAAAAACCGUAAAACUCUUUCAGAGUUGGCUUCCUCGAAAGAGGAAAGACUCAACGGAGUGCGUAUCUACCUUUUUCACGAUACAUUCCACUUGAAAUUAGCAUCUAAUGUGUGAGUGCGUAAUUCGAUUCCAGGCAGAUGUCGAUCGCUGUAUUCGAAGUGCUAGUCACUUGUUAUCGAGAGAAGAUAAUAAUAAAGGAGCGUCUUUUGUUAAA